UCCCACCAAAUUUAACACUCUUGCCUCACCAUAUUAGUUCAAGUAAGUAACCCCUUCACUAAUAUCUUCAUUUCCUUUCCCAACCCUAAUUUCACACUCUUAUGUUUAACCUAAAAAGACCCCCCAUUCGUACAACAUAAUAUUUCUACUUUUACACUAUUAAUCAAUCCCUACCUCUUGUUCCCUUUUCUCCAUCUUUUUCUUAUCUCAUCAUUUUAUCUAUCUUUUCUCUUCCUACACUUUACUACCAUCUAUGGAAGACUUCAUCAUCUCACCUUCAUCAUCUUCUUCUAUCAUACAAAACCCUUUACCACAAACAUCAACCCUUCAACAAAAGCUUCAAUUUCUACUCCAAUCUCAAUCCGACAAUUGGGUCUAUGCCAUUUUGUGGCAAACAACAAAAGAUGAAAAAGGUAACCCUUUCUUAUCUUGGGGUGAAGGUCAUUUCCAAGGAAACAAAAAAACAACAACCUCAAACAAAGUAUACAACACGGACACAAACACAGACACAGACACGAAGACAUGUACAAACGGCGAUGCGGAAUGGUUCUACGUCAUGUCGUUGACUCGAAGCUUUUCCGUCGGUAAUUCCUCUUCCAUUUCUUUACCUGGUAAAUCUUUUGCCUUAGAUUCUGUUCUUUGGUUGAAUAGCAAACAAGAGCUUCAAUUUUAUAAUUGUGAGAGAUCCAAUGAAGCACACGUGCACGGAAUCGAAACGUUGAUUUGUGUUCCAACAACUAACGGCGUUGUCGAAAUGGGCUCCUACGAAAAUAUCCAACAAAAUUGGAACCUCGUACAUCAAGCCAAAUCCAUGUUCCAAUCAUCCUCGUCAGAAUCAAACUUAGAUCUUCCUCCCACCAAACCACUUGACAAAGUCCAAACUUUCGACCAAAACAUCUCAUUCUCCGACAUCGGUAUCAUCUCCGGCACCGGCGAAGAAACCGAGGAGACACAAAAAACAAUGAACAAAAAACCACAAAAAAAACACAUCAUUGUUUCACCAUGUUACAUAGAUUCUGAACAUUCGGAUUCAGAAUAUUGUCCACAAUUAACAACACCAACAACAACGACAACAACAACACCGAAGAAGCGAGGGAGAAAACCGUUAUCCGGAACACUAAUUCCGAUCAACCAUGUAGAAGCAGAGAGACAAAGGAGAGAGAAACUCAACCAUAGAUUCUACGCUCUAAGAGCCGUCGUUCCAAACGUUUCAAGGAUGGAUAAAGCUUCAUUGUUAUCAGAUGCAGUGGAUUACAUCAACGAGUUAAAAGCGAAGAUCGAAGAGUUGGAAUUAGAAUCAGAUAAUCAGAAGGAACCAAAGAAACCGAAGAUGGAAACAAUUGAAAGUACUAUAACAGCAACUUCAACUGUGGUGGACCAAAAAAAACCUUGUAGUAGUAAUAAUAAUGAUAACAACAAUGUUGUUGCUUUGGAAAUUGAUGUGAAGAUUAUAGGCAAUGAUGCAAUGGUGAGAGUUCAAUCUGAGAAUGUUAAUCAUCCUGGUGCUAGGUUAAUGAGUGUGUUUAAGGAUUUGGAGUUUCAGGUUCAUCAUGCUAGUAUAUCAUGUUUCAAUGAAAUUAUGGUUCAAGAUGUUGUGGUUGUUCAAGUUCCUGAUGAGAUGAGAAAUGAAGAGAGUCUUAGAUCUGCGAUUCGAAUGAGAUUGGAACAUGAAUGAAACAAGAACAAAAUCAUAAUCUUCAUCAAGGUUUUAAAAAAAAUUUCGCGAUUUCAGUUGUUACAGGUGUACUGCAGUCAUCGCAUUGUGAAUUAAUAACAAUUUGUUCUUCAAUAUAAAGAACGGUGAUAAUAGUAUCCGUAGCGGAAUUUUUUAAAAUCCUGAUCUUUAUAAUCUUAAAUAUGUACUAUAUGUUCUUUCUAUAAUGCUUAGUUUUUUU